AAUGGACAGAGAUCUCAAUAAUCCGACUAUUCCCUUCAUCAAAUUCAAAUUUCCCGUUUCACGAUCGGUGCCAUAUAUUCAAUCUUCGCUAAUUGAUUCUCUGUCUCUCUGUCUCUCCGUUUUGGUAAUCUCCAGUUUUUAUUUUCCUUUUUGACUCAAUUUCGUCUCGAGAAGGUGCAAGAACGACCAAGAAGAAACGGCAAUGGAUGGAGGAGGCGCAGUGCAUAAUCGUUCAGUCGAAGAUGUUUUCAGUGAUUUUAGAGGCCGAAGAAGUGGCGUCAUCAAAGCCCUCACCGUAGAUGUUGAAGAGUUUUAUCAACAAUGUGAUCCUGAGAAGGAAAAUCUAUGCUUGUAUGGUUUUCCAAAUGAAGUAUGGGAAGUUAAUUUACCUGCUGAAGAAGUACCUCCAGAACUCCCAGAGCCAGCAUUGGGUAUUAAUUUUGCAAGAGAUGGUAUGCAAGAAAGGGAUUGGUUGGCUUUGGUUGCUGUCCAUAGCGAUUCUUGGUUGCUCUCUGUUGCCUACUAUUUUGGUGCGAGAUUUGGAUUUGAUAAAGCUGAUAGGAGGCGGCUUUUUAAUAUGAUAAACGAUUUGCCAACUGUAUUUGAAGUAGUCACUGGUGUUGCAAAGAAACCAGCCAAGGAAAAGUCGUCGAGUGCUAAUGGUAGCAGAUCCAAGUCCAACUUUAAAACGAGGGAAGCUGAAAUCCAUGGAAUGUAUUCAAGGCAACCGCAGGCAAGGGAAGAGGUAGAGGCCUUGUAUCAAGAAGACGAAGACGAGCACGGAGACACGUUGUGUGGGGCAUGUGGUGAGAAUUAUGCAUCAGAUGAAUUUUGGAUUUGCUGUGAUAUCUGCGAGAAGUGGUUCCAUGGGAAAUGCGUGAGAAUAACUCCUGCCAAAGCAGAGCACAUCAAGCAAUACAAAUGCCCAUCCUGCAGCCACAAGAGAGGCCGCGUUUAAGACAGGCAGGCAGGCAGACCAAAUGCAAAACUGUGGUGUUAUUUUCAUCUUCCUUUUGGUUAAUGGAAUCAGCGACAAGGUAAGUGCUUUGCUUUAGACUACUUCAGGUAUCCAGUUUUGGGUAACUCUCAGUGCCUUCCCUUGUUUCUUAUAUGUAAAGUCUAGAUGAUGGGUAGUCUAUAUAAUAUAAGAUUGCCUCUUUUAUAACCUUGAAAGCUCUCAAGAAUGAACCAUGUUAACCUUUUGAUUUUAGUUAAGUAAGAGAUGCUCUGUUCUGUU